AUGUGUUACACAUCGAACGCGAUGCGAGAUCGAUGCACUGAACUGGGAAUCAAGUGGAAAUUUAAUCCGCCCAGUGCACCUCACUUCGGCGGAAUGCAAGAAGCAGGUGUCAAAUCAGUAAAGCAUCAUCUCAAAAGAGUGAUGGGACAGUUCACUCCAACAGGGGAAGAAAUGCAAACGUUGCUUUGCAAGAUCGAGGCGAGUUUAAACUCAAGACCGAUCUCCCCGCUCAGCGAAAGCGCAGAUGAUUACGCGGUCUUAACACCUGGACACUUCUUAGUCGGUGGACCGCUCAAUGCGCUUCCAAGAGAAUCCGUGGAAUCGGAAAAACUCGCACGUCUGACACGGUGGCGAGCAAUGCAGAAAUUCCACGAGCAGCUUUGGAGAAUCUGGACGAGAGAUUAUCUCCUACAUCUGCAGAAACGCUACAAGUGGCAAACGACGCAGGUGCAGCUGCAACCAGGUCUUCCAGAAUCCAUGACUUUCCUAGAUAAAUUUCAAGUUCUCUAA